AUGACUGAUGUGGAGACUGUUGUCACCGACUUCGCUGCCACAGGAAGGACUGGCCGACGAAACGCCAUGCCAGAUAUUUUAGGUUCGAAUGCAGGACCUGAAGCAGCAGACCUUCCAAACAAACUAGCUGAUCUUACUGUUGGAGAUAAUGCUGAACAUGGAGGAGAAGGUUCAUCCGCAAGUGACACAGUCAAGGACCCUGCAGGAGGAAAGGACCAGGCAGAGGGAACAUAA